UAGGCAGGUCGGUAUUUCACACAAAAAAAAAAGAGAAGAAGAUUGUUUUUUAUAGAGAGAGAAACACAAGAAAACAGAAACAGAAACCUCAAAAAAAUGCAAAAUCAAACUGAAAACAACAAUGACGCAAUGAGAAUAACAGAAGGGGACAGAGAGAAUCAGACGAAUUCGCCGACUGGCGGAGAUGGUGGAGCUGAGUCAGGUGAGCUUGGUGGCGGAAUCGGUGGAAACGGUCGGACUAAUGGUAAAGUGAAAGGACCGUGGUCACCAGAGGAAGAUGCAGUACUGAGUCAACUAGUGAGUAAGUUUGGAGCGAGGAAUUGGAGUUUGAUAGCACGAGGAAUACCAGGGAGGUCUGGGAAAUCUUGUAGGCUUAGAUGGUGUAAUCAGCUUGAUCCUUGCCUCACGCGCAAACCUUUCACUGAGGAAGAAGAUCGCAUUAUAAUUGCAGCUCAUGCAAAGCAUGGAAACAAAUGGGCAGCAAUCGCGAGGCUCUUGCCAGGUAGAACUGAUAAUUCAAUCAAGAACCAUUGGAAUUCUACUCUGAGGCGCCGAUGGGCAGAUCUGAUAAGGUUGAAACCAGGAACCAGUGAUGUGAUGGAAGAUGGUAGCAUUGAAAUAACAAGGGCAUCAUCAGAAGAAACCCUUUCAGUUUGUGACAUCAGUUCAUCACAGCCCCCAGAAGUGAGAGAUGUCACAAUCGAUGACCAACCCAGCCAGCAUGAAGACAAAGCUCAAACAGACACCAUUCCUCAAACAAAUGAGGUCACUGUUGCAACAGAACCACAUGGAAAUCCCACCCUUCCUCGUCCUGAGGCACGUGUUAGUGCAUUUAAAGUUUAUAAUCCCCCCAGUGGUCUGAAAAUGAGUUCUGGGCUUACAAGAACACUUCCAACUCAUGGCCCUUCGGUUCAAACGCCCAAACCAGACUUGGGGUCUUGCAAAUUCCUUGAAGAUGUUCAUUGUGAGCCCAUAAUUCCUUCACGAUGUGGGUAUGGUUGCUGUGCGACCCCGAGCGGGGGUCAUCCUCCAAGCUCUUUGCUGGGGCCUGAGUUUGUUGAAUAUGAGGAGCCCCCUCCUUUCUCAAGUCAGGAAUUGAUCUCAAUUGCUACAGAUUUGAACAAUAUUGCAUGGAUGAAGAGUGGCCUGGAGAACAGCAGCACUGGGAUACCUAGCAAUGCUGCAAGCUACAGAAUGUCUCAAGGGACUCCUGUUGACUCCCAAAUGGGAAUGUCUGAACAGAAUUUAAGAAACGGCCAUAUGCAUUUUGAGGAGGGGCGAAGCAGAUUAAUGGGCACAAUGGCAGGUACUAUAUCAACCCAGAUGCCUGCUUAACCUUUGGCAAUGCUUGCCGAAUUGGAGAGCUUGAACCAAACUUGCUACUGAUUUCCUCUCGUGAUACUGCUUCAUCAUAGGAUAGUAUAGGUGAAAUUUAUUCAGUUGUCAUCAAUUAUUUGCCUUUUUUAGAAGUGAAGAAAUGAUUUCAUGUGGAGGCUCUUCAUUCCUGGCGAAGAGAUAUGUCAUUUUGCUUAUACAGCCACAAAUAUAUUUCUUAAAGAUAUAUUGAGUCUUGACUCAGUUGAAAAAUGAAA